AUGACCAAGAUCGAUGAAAAGGCACAGACGCUAGACAAGAUUGUCAGAUGGAGACAGAGACAUUUUGGACCCGUAAUCAAGAUCGAAGAGCAGCGCCUGAUCGUGGGGACAAGGAAGUGUGUAUCAGCGAAGGAUGCGACCUUUACGCGGAAGAUGUCAGUGAUAACAUGGCAGUCCUUCCAGACGUCGCUGAAUUGA